UGCUGUGGUACACAAUAAACAUGACAGUUCUCCAGCGAGCAGAACCUUCUCCUGAUCAGCUUCGCUGACCCGCACGGCUAAUCAUUGAAAAUCAUCUGUUCGACUGCUGCUGCCGCUGUUGCAGCUGAUACAAUUAAUAUUAACAUUUGCGCCCAUUUAAGCUUUGUACAACGGGGCAUAGUUAAGUGAUUAUCUGUCGAGUUGAUUAAGGCCACAUAUAGAACACUACCUGUGUCAGUGUCACAUGUUAGUAGUAUAUUAGGCUUCGUGAAUAAUAAACAGUGGAGUGUUGUUUAUUUUAACUUUUUUUUUUGUUGAUGAGCAUUUGCUAUUUGUAAAAGGUUUCUUGAGUUCUCCAUGCACUACUUGGUCUGACAGCAAAAAUAGGUCUACAAGUGAAGCUGAGAAGACGACAUUUUUUAUUAACACCCUUCAGCUCCAGACAUGUAUAUUUUGCUAACUAAGUAUAGAGAAGUUUUCGAUAAAGCAUGAGAUAUUGGUUCACCAUAGGCACGAUCAUUCAUGUGAAUUUUGCCUCCCUCAAAGUAGGUUUCAGUUGUGAUAGAAGACAUUUUCCGAUAAAUUAGCUGAAAUUUACACAGGUAUUCUUUGCUGUGGGUAUGAGCGAACUCCGCAAAUUCCGUUUUAUUGUUUGAAGCAAUUUAACAGUGUUCAUUCAACCUCGGGAGAGAAUAUUAAUCGGAACGAGGCACGUAUUUCGGAUAUUGUUCGCACUACUCAUAUUCUCUUUCCAGUUGAUUCUCCGUAGGCCUAACCUAGAUUCUCACCCACCUUCAAAAUGGCUACGGAACGCAGUUAAGCCAACUCGCUGUUAUAAUGCUUUUAAGUGAAUAUGAAGAAAUCAUUCGACGGCACUGCGCUGUGCGUCCAAGCCGUCGAAGUCUCGAUGUCCUCGUUAAGGAGUUCCCUCACAUUUCGGCACACACAUUGUGCUCAAUCGUUUCAACACAUUUUACUAUGAUAGUACGAAAGAAGUACUAUCUGUACUCAAACCCAGAGAAAGUUGCAGAAUACUACGCUAAAUACAAGGCACAGCGGGGGAUGUCUAACUCCAAGCCCGGAUUUCUGCUAAAGAUAGCAGAUGAGCUCAAUCUCUCAGCUGCGCUGAUGUGCCGCUUUAUCAUUGAACACCAUUUAAAGGAUAAAAGUGAACCGUGCUCUAAACGCGUGCUAAACCAGCUGCUCAAGGACUCAACAAAAAUUCAGGACGAAGUUCUAGCAGUUGAGGUGUUUCUGUGUACGCUGCACGAUCCGUUCUACGGGCCAUUCUCUGAUGCGAGAAGGACUAGUGUCGGCCGGGAAUUUGAACUUCUACUGAAAGAUUCUCUUCGGUCGCGCGGGAUUGGUUUCGUAGACGAGGCAUCGCUUCGCAAACAGGGUUACGAUAAAACCCCUGAUAUUAAGCUUGAGAUCCCUGCCAUCAUUAAUGGCGAGUACGUAAUUACUUGGAUAGAAUCGAAAGCAUCUUUUGGAGAUCCCGAUUCUCACGAAUCGUACGCGCGUGAGCAGUUCCAUUCAUAUGCUAACCGCUUUGGGCCGGGGCUUGUCAUUUACUGGUGCGGCUUCGUCGAAGAACUUCAACAACCCCAAUCGCAGAUGAACGUCGGCCAUUCUCCGCUGAAUAAUCCAUCCACAGGUUCUAGCCUGAUAACUAAACAGCAAAAUAAUGCUUCAGGACAAUUUUUACUGGCCGACCACUUACCCGAUGACAUACGAUCAAUGACUGAGUUCAUUUGAGCUUGAAAAUAAGCUCAAAUGAGCAUAGUUUUAUUGAGUGAACAAAACUGUGGCGUAUAUCAAGCAUAUAAACUCGUUAUUAUAAUGUAUACUUUCGGCAUAAUAUAUAUAUAUAUAUAUAUUAUUAAUGAAUAGGGCGGUGCAGGGAAAGAAUCUUUAUUAUGGUUUCUGUCGUACCGAGUCUGAGCAACAAGCUUAGGCUGCUUUUAAUUUUUAGUUAGCUUAGGCUGAAUUGCCAUUUUUGGCUUCUUUAAUCACUUUUGUACAUAAGGCGCAAGCGACGUAAUAGGUUGGUGCGCAGAUAGACAUGAGUACAUUACGGUAAACUUAAGGGAUUUGCUAUAACUUACCUUAGACGCGAUUUUCCGAUACUUUUCCGACAGCUGAUCUCUGUGGAGUGCAGUGCCUUCAAUUGCAAGAUAUGAAUAAGUAGUGCUGAAUCCAUCUAGAACAUUUGCGUAACGAAAAGAAAGAUCAUUAAUAAAUUAAAUUAAAUACGUAUCGAAUGUAUGUUUGUACAGGGGUGUAGGCGUAUAUCUCAUCGACGUAAGUAAAUAUAGAUACACAUGCGUGUUCCUUAGCGGUAUCGGGUCGAACGAGGGCUUGUUUACUGUAUCCCGUAUCGCCUUGACGUAACGCUUUAUCUUUCGCCGCAAAUCUGCAGCGAAAGAGCUGGUUCAGGUUCCGCUGGUUAACAUAUAUGAUUUGAGGUUACUGCUGGAUGAUGAUUCCUUAAUAUGUUGAAAAGCCAUAGUCCUUCUGUCUGUUUGUAUCUCCUAAGAUUUACGCUUAUUCGGAAGUCGAAAGCUUGUACCAAAUCGGCCUUCAAAAUGGUGUUGAUUUACGUAUGCAAUUAAAGAUUAUUCUAUUACUCUACAGCACUUUUAAAAUAUGGUAGUUGUGAUUUUGGGAUAAGUAGACUACGUUAGACUAGAAAAGCUACGUUUCCAGAGAAACGUUCAAACACGGCAAAGCAUAAAUAAAGUGAGGUUGAUGAUUUUUCUUAUAUCACUGUAUGUGUCUUUCUACCCAUGACAUUAAAUAACUAUAGUGAACUGUAAUUUACGAAGCAGGUUUGACUUAUUUUCCUUCAUUGUAUCAUAACAGCGCAGGCACACCAUAGUUCCUAAUGGGACCGAUCUCAUAGAACGGAUCGUUGCGAAAUAGAAUCCAUUACAGUUCCAACGAUAGGUUGCAGCAACGGUAUGCAGUUGGCAGAAUCGCCAACAUCUUCUUCAACUUAGAUUGGCAUUGGGGUAGCCGAUGCAGUUUAAAAAUUUUGUGCUAAUAAUAGUAGUAAUUUUUUUGGCCGAUUCUCGCAACUUCGGGCUCUUAAAUCCCUUUAAAU